AUGUUGGAAUUCAUGGACUACGUCCAGAGCGCGUUCUACUCGACCUCGCGAUGGAACGUCGACAACAGCUACGCCUCUCUGACUACGACCGCACAUAACCUGCUGGACUUUCGCAUACCACUAGGUGCGCGCCUUCAUAUCUCGUCGCUUUCGGCACCCAACUUCGCGACCAGCUAUACGCUUGGUAGCCGUGGAGUGGUUGAUGGCUCCCUUAGCUUCCUCUACUCCAGUCUGGGACUGCAUGUUCCUGUUCAGAGCAGUCAUGUUCCGUUGAGUAACCUGGUUAGAGGCUACAGACAUCUGAAAGAGCUAGUCGGGUCGGACAAACCGAAAGCGAAAGGGAGAUGGUUCCGCGAUGUGUUCACAGGUCCUGCGGAUACACUUCUGUAUGGACGUCUGUACUUACCAGCUAGCACGCUGGAAGCAUCGUUUCUGCGCCGCCUCUCUCCGACUCAACUAUUGCGAGUGAACUGUGUUUCAGAUAGCAGCCUGCCGGGGGGUGGAUCAGUGCUGGCAAUACUCCAAAAUGACAAUGGCAAAUACAGCACAGAAUACCUCUAUUCAACCGAUUCAUCGCUCCUCGGCGUUCGAGGUCUCUACAACUUCGGCCUCGAUCCGAGAAAUCCUGAUCAUCAGUCGUCAAAUCGCCCUCCGGCACAUCCAUGGGACCACCAAAAUGGUCGCCUCAGUGCAGGAGCUGAGGCAUACUUGAGCCCGAUCAAUAAAAGCUUCGGAAUCAGCACUGGCUUCAGAUUUACCACCCUCCCAGUGCACAGCGGCUUCCCCUACACGAUGACUUUGACCGUCAACCCGCUGAUGGGUAACCUGAGCUCUACAUACGCAGUCAAGGCGGGUCCGAACCUGGCGUUUUGUUCCAGAUUCGACUUCAACGUCUACAGCUACGAGAGCGAGGUGGUUCUAGGCUUGGAACUCUGGUCGCGGAAACAGCCCAAUGCCAGCGUUGAGUGGGCCACGCGUAUGAUCAGGGAUGAAUGGAGGAAACCGGAGGACAAUGUCAAUGGAGUUCUCAAGGCGCGCGUGGAUAAUAAUGGCCGCGUGGGAUUAUCAUGGGAGACCAAGGCAAAGGAAUUAUUGUUGAGUUUGGGUGCUGGGAUUGAUCUGAAGAAACCCGAGCAUCUGAUUGGAAAUGUCGGAGUGGAGGUUAGCUAUUCCAGUUGA